UUUAUCCGCGAACUAGUCCACCGCAGGGUUAGGUACCACUACAACGUGCUAACCGUCUCCAAACGUGUUCGCGUUCAUUCAUCCUUGAGGUUCCCCAAUUUUUUCCCAUGAGGAUCUCAUCGAAUUUCAAAUUCAAAUGUAGAGAGUGAUUCUAAAUUAUUUGUAAAAUAUUCUUAAAAUUUGAGAAGAGAUACACAGUUGAAAAAAAACAGCACGUAAUGCUGCAAUGUUUACUUUUGUAAUUAUGAACACACUUUCUUUAUUAUAUUAUAAUAAUGCAUUAUAUAUGCGUAGCAAAAGAAACAUUAUGUAGCUGAGGUGAAGAUAAAUUUCGGGUACGAUGAGUGGGUAUGUGCAUGAGUAUAUGUGUAAUCCGGUACACGACGAAGAGCAGUGAAAGCCGGGAAUGGAUAAUAUGAGGGUGCUAAUUCGUCGGAUGAUGAUUUAUUUGCUCGUUCUAGUUGGCGGUGCAAUGAGCUUGAGGGACUUAAAAAUCACAGUGCCUGCAGUGGUUCGAUCAGGUGAUGCCGUUUGGCUGACAUGUGAGUUCGAUCUUCAGGGAAAGUUACUUUACACAGUAAAGUGGUACCUUGAUGAUGCAGAAUUUUAUCGUUAUGCACCAAAAAGAAAACCUCCUGGCCUCGCACUACCUGUGAAAAAUAUAAGAGUAGACCUCACGAGAUCGACUAUGAACGAUGUGAUGCUGCUCAAUGUUUCGAGAAAUCAGUCUGGACCUUACAAAUGCGAAGCUUCAGAGGAACUUCCGACAUUAGAAACUAGAGCUCAACAAGCACACAUGAUGGUUGUUGAUGUCCCAGAAACGGACCCUACUAUCCAGGCUGAAAGACACCGGCUACCGUCAGUAGAUAUACUUCGGGCAAAUUGCACAUCGGGCGCAUCUUUUCCCGCCCCCAAUAUUACGUGGACCCUCAACGGAAAGCCUCUUGAUAGCAAGAGAAUGGAUUUCAAACUGGAACCUCGGAAAAUUGCAAUACAAGAGGAAAAAAUUAUGACUAGGUCGAGUCUGGAGCUGAAGAUUCUUCCUGGACUCUUUCAAGAUAGCAGGAUACGGCUUCGCUGUUUUGCCAAUAUCCUCCCCCCUGUUUAUCAAGCAACGGCUGAACUCGAAAUCACGGAGGACGUUCCGUUCAUCGCUUCUAUCACUGGCGAUGCCUCACCCCAUAGCCAUCGAACGAAUGAAAGCAGCCGACUCAGCUUAUCCCAUUUUACGAUGACGGUCUUUUUGGCACUCAUCUUGGCUGUUACGUUCAGGUAGCUCAUAAAGGGACAUUGCAACGAAUACAGUGUCCAUAUAAACCUAGUUACCUAGGGCUUCCAAUUAUGUAUGUUAAACCGUAUGAAGUAGAUAGUGAAUUAAGUUUAAUUCCAGUGAAAAAUAAUAACACUUGACACAUUCACAGACAUACAAUCAGGCAUUAUCAUAAAAUUAUAAUUAAUUUUGAAUAUUUUAUCGUUUAAUGUAAAUUGUUAAUAAAAACAUAGACCCACUCUUACGCAGUGGGUUAAACCCUAGCGAUAGAAUUAUAAUCAAAAAAUGUCCUCUGGGGUAGUCCGAGGAAUCGAUUUUUGAAUUUUCAAAUCCGACCUGGAAAAUUUUUUAUUGUUCUAAAAACCUUAUAUUCAACGGCUCAAAUUUUUAGAAUGUUUUUUGUUAAUCAAUAACAAUUCUUUGGGAUGCAGUGUAAUAUAUUCCAUUUUUGCAACUAUACCACCCUGCGGUCUAUACAACCUUCAUGUAUUUGUUAGCUUUCUUUACAUUAGUUCACUAAUUUUCCUUAGAUGUAACUGUAAAUAAAUUUCCAAAUCGAGGAUGGCAAAUUUAAUGGCAGUUUAUGUUAAGAUAGUAUUUUGUAUUUUAGUCUCGACUCUUGGAAUUUAACCUUUUUCGAGCUCACCGUACUUCUGCUUUUAAAUUUAUGUUAAAUCACUUUUGCCCAUUGAAACUGAGCCACCCUACUUUUAAAAUACUUUCGAGGCUUUCAGUUGACUAUU